CUAGCAAGCUCCAAACACAAGACAGAGAUGUUGGUAUCCUACAGCACUGAACAAUGGCAGUUGCUGCGGAACUGGAUUAAAAAUUCCCGAUGAACAAUACCUCAUCUUUCUAUCAAGACAAGAUUUUAUCAUAGCAAGAAACCUGGUCCUUGACAUGGUGUUUCCUGGGCACGGAGGCCUGGGAUCCCGGCGCCUGCUGCUCUCCUGUCUGCUGCUCGCCGCCUGGGGGACAGGGAGCGGCCAGCUCCACUACUCGGUUCCCGAGGAGGCCAAACACGGCACCUUCGUGGGCCGCAUCGCGCAGGACCUGGGGCUGGAGCUGGCGGAGCUGGUGCCGCGCCUGUUCCGGGUGGCGUCCAAGGAGCGCGGGGACCUUCUGGAGGUGAAUGUGCAGAAUGGCAUUUUGUUUGUGAAUUCUCGGAUCGACCGCGAGGAGCUGUGCGGGCGGAGCGCGGAGUGUGGUAUCCACCUGGAGGUGAUCGUGGACAGGCCGCUGCAGGUUUUCCACGUGGAGGUGGAGGUGAGGGACAUUAACGACAACCCACCGGUGUUCCCAGUAAAGGAACAAAAGCUGUUUAUUUCGGAAUCCAGAAUGUUGGAUUCUAAGUUUCUGCUAGAGGGCGCUUCGGAUGCAGAUAUUGGAGCCAAUUCAGUUUUAACCUAUAGGCUUGACUCCAAUGAUUACUUCACACUAAUAGUGAAUUCAAAGAACGAGGAAAAUAAACAGAUCGAGCUCGUGUUACGAAAAUCCUUGGACAGAGAGGAUGCUCCUGAGCAUAAUUUACUCCUCAGGGCCACCGAUGGAGGCAAACCGGAACUCACAGGCUCUGUUCAGCUGCGGGUCACCGUGCUGGAUGUGAACGAUAAUGCGCCUACUUUCCAACAGUCGGAGUAUGAAGUGAGAAUACUGGAAAACUCGGACAUCGGAACAACAGUUAUUAGACUGAAUGCUUCUGACCCGGAUGAAGGGAUGAAUGGGGUAAUUUCAUACUCUUUUAAUAGCCUAGUCUCACCCAUCGUUCUUGACCAUUUUAACAUAAAUUCUAAUAUUGGAGAGAUCAUAAUUCAAGGGAAUUUGGAUUUUGAGGAGGUGAAUUUAUAUAAAAUCCGUGUUGACGCGACAGACAAAGGGCAUCCUCCGAUGGAGGGCCAUUGCACUGUGUUAGUCAAAGUACUGGAUGAAAAUGACAAUGUGCCCCAGAUUGCGUUUACUUCCUUAUCCUUGCCUGUCCUCGAGGACGCUCAAGUGGACACCGUCAUCGCCCUGAUCAGCGUGUCUGACCGCGACUCCGGAGAGAACGGGCAGGUGACCUGCUCCCUGACACCUCACGUCCCCUUCAGGCUGGUGUCCACCUUCAAGAACUACUACUCGCUGGUGCUGGACAGCGCCCUGGACCGCGAGACCACCCCCGGCUACGAGGUGGUGGUGACCGCCAGGGACGGAGGCGCGCCGGCGCUGUGGGCCACGGCCAGCGUGUCGGUGGAGGUGGCGGACGUGAACGACAACGCGCCCGCGUUCGCGCAGGCCGAGUACACGGUGUUCGUGAAGGAGAACAACCCGCCGGGCGCGCACAUCUUCACGGUGUCGGCCACGGACGCGGACGCGCAGGAGAACGCGCGCGUGACCUACUCGCUGGUGGAGCGGCGCGUGGGCGAGCGCGCGCUGUCGAGCUACGUGUCCGUGCACGCGCAGAGCGGCCGGGUGCACGCGCUGCAGCCCCUGGACCACGAGGAGCUGGAGAUGCUGCGCUUCCAGGUGAGCGCGCGCGACGCGGGCGAGCCCGCCCUGGGCGGCCAGGUGACGCUGCAGGUGUUCGUGCUGGACGACAACGACAACGCGCCCGCGCUGCUGGGGCCCGAGGCGGGGGUGCAGGCUGCGGGCGUGAGCCAGCUGCUGUGGCGCUCAGUGGGCGCGGGCCACGUGGUGACGAAGGUGCGCGCGGUGGACGCGGACUCUGGCUACAACGCGUGGCUGUCCUACGAGCUGCAGCCGGAGGCGGGCGGCGCGCGCAGCCCGUUCCGCGUGGGGCUGUACACAGGCGAGAUCAGCACCACGCGCGCCCUGGACGAGGCGGACGCGCCGCGACAGCGCCUGCUGGUGCUGGUGAAGGACCACGGCGAGCCCGCGCUGACGGCCACCGCCACCGUGCUGCUGUCCCUGGUGGACAGUGGUCAGGCGCCCAAGGCGCCGUCGCGCUCGCGGGCCUUGGUGGACGCCGCCGGCCGGGAGGCGUCGCUGCUGGACGUGAACGUGUACCUGAUCGUGGCCAUCUGCGCGGUGUCCAGCCUGCUGGUGCUCACGCUGCUGCUGUACGUGGCGCUGCGGUGCUCGGCGGCGUCGCCCACGGAGGGCGCGUGCGGGCCUGGCAAGCCGGUGCUGGUGUGCUCCAGCGCGGUGGGCAGCUGGUCGUACUCGCAGCAGAGGAGGCACAGGUGUGCUCUGGGGAGGGCCCGCCCAAGGCGGACCUCAUGGCCUUCAGCCCCAGUCUUCCAACUCGUCCAUCAUCAGAAAUUAUUGGCGAACGGCAAAAUUUAAAUGAUCAUAGCUUUCAACCUCGGCAGCCCAACCCUGACUGGCGUUACUCUGCCUCACUAAGAGCAGGCAUGCACAGCUCUGUGCACCUGGAGGAGGCUGGCAUUCUACGAGCUGGUCCAGGAGGGCCUGAUCAGCAGUG